AUGCUUGAAGAUCACCUAGUUGAAGCAUUGCACUUAUUGAAAAAAUAACCACAACAUCGAUGCAAAAUGGAAAUUGAUCUAUUAGUUCACUUUACAUAAGAACUUCCCUUUUUUAAAUAAUAUUAAAACUCAGAGAAUGGAUUGCAAAUUCAUCACGAAUGUUGUAAACACAUGUAUUUAGAGCGGUUCUAAGCAACUGAUAUUGUAUUUCAUGUAGAUUCGAUUGGCACAAAAUUUUAUGUGAUUCUGGAUGGUCAAGUAGAAGUGUUGAUUAAAAGAAGAGGUUAUGAUGAAUUAGAAUCUGUAAGAAUUUUGAGACAGGGAGAAUCUUUUGGAGAGUUGGCUCUUAUUCAUAGAUAACCAAGAUUAGCAACUAUUCGUUGUGUUAAUAAUUGCUACUUUGCUGUUCUAGAUAAACAGUAGUUUCAAUAUAUUUUGCAUUAUGAGUAAACCAAAAAGAUAGAAUAAAACAUAGAUUAUUUUGCUUAGAUUUCUAUAUUUAAUUAACUUAAUAGAACUUAGUUAACUUAGAUUUAUUUGAAUUCGUUUCUGUAUGAGUAUGAAAAAAAUUAGAUUGUGUUGCAAGAAGGAGAGAAGUCAGAUAGUUUUUUAAUUGUUAAAACUGGCCUAUUUUAAGUGCGCAAGUAAAUGAAUAAAUCUAGUCCUUUAAUUCUAUUUGAAAUUGGAGAAUUGUAAGUAUUUGGGUUCUAUUAUCUCUUCAAUAAAAUUCCAUAUGAAUACUCUAUUAUUUGCCUCAGUUCAAAGGGACAAAUAUAUAAGAUACAUAGAACGUCUUUGAUUGAAAAAAUAUUUGAAAGACAUACGGAGGAUUUGGAAAAACAUAUGUAAGAAAUUAAUUGCUAUGUCAAUUAUAAAGUUCAUUAAGAAUAAAAUACUCAUCUUAAAUACCCUAGAUAUUUUCAAAUAAAAACUUCUUGUGAUUAGGAUAAAGAGAUUUAGGAAGAACGUGUUAAGAGUUGUAAAAGUAAAGAAUACAAAAAUUAAAAUUUAAAAAGUAGAAGUGAAUUGAUAAGAUAAAAAAUGGAUACGAUGAUAGAGCAAUCCAAAAGAAAAUUAGGAUUAAAAUCUAGCCUCCCAAAAUUAAAUAGUUUAUUCGAAAUUUUCCUCAAAUCUCAUAGAGGAUUCAAAGACAGCCAAAGAUAAAAUCUUUCUUCCUUGAAAGAAUCCCUGACUAGACAAUUUGGAAGUAGUAGUCACUUUUAUCACAAUGAAGAUCAACCCAUUAAUCCUUUUAUAACUUUCAGGAGCAGCAGUCCUACAAUGAAAAAUUAAGGAAGGCAUUUCCUAACACUUAAACCAUAAAACAGUUAGAGAACUAUAGUUAAAUCUAGUCAACAUUUUAAUUAAAAUCUCCAAUUUUAGGAAUACAACACCCCAAAGCAUUAGAAAAAUUAUAUAUCCUUAAGUCCAAAUGUUAUCAAACUUAAAGUGUAUAAACAUUGA